GAUGGUGACAGCCAUCGUGUUGCACAGUGUCUUCUUCCUCUCAGGUGCUUCUGCUAAUUGUUAUGGGCUUACAGCUCUAUUCAUCACUGCACCAAAAGAGAUGGAAGCACUGACUGGAUCUUGUUUGCAAAUUCCAUGUAACUUCAGCGUGAAAUCAGGAGAGAAAAUCAACAGCAGAACAACAACCUUUGGAGUGUGGCUUAAAAAUGGCCCUUUUAUUGGCAAACCUCCCAGUGAGGUGAUUUCCAACAGUAGUGGGACAGUUUCCACAUAUCCGAUGAGUUUUACUGGAGACUUGAGUCAGAAAAACUGCACCACUUUAUUUUCCAGUUUAAACACAACAUACACAGGCACAUACUACUUCAGGGUUGAGAACCGGCCAUUUCUAGCAACAGAUGAAUGUGAUGGUCUUCAAAUAACAGUUAAAGAUUCUCCUCCAAAGCCCAGGAUUGAGAUCUCAGGUGAUGUGAAGGAGAAGGAGUCUGUCUCUAUAAGCUGCUCAGCUUCCACUCCCUGUCCACACUCUCCUCCUCAACUCACCUGGAACCUCCAACCAGACUCUCACCACAUGAUGGAGGAAAACACAGAUGGAACCUUCACAACUAGAAUCCAGAAGAGCAUCACUCUGUCACAUGAACAUGAUGGAUUCAUCAUCAGCUGUUCUGCCAGAUAUCCUGUGAAUGAAGGAAACGAUGUAAAGACGUCAGAGGAGAGAAAGACUCUCAAUGUUUCAUAUGCUCCCAAGGACACCUCAGUGUCCAUCUGUCCAUCAGGUCGGGUGUCAGCAGGUAGCCGGGUGAACCUGACCUGCUCCAGCAGAGCCAAACCUCCUGUGAGCCGCUUCACCUGGUUCAAGACCAGCAGAGAUGCACCAAUCAAAGUAUCUGAAGGAGACUUUUACAGCUUCAAUGUCACUGAUGGAGGAGUUUAUUACUGUGUGGCCACCCAUCAGCUUGGUAAUCAAACAUCCUCAGAGAUCCAUCUGACUAUAGAAGGUGGAGUUGAUCAUCUUCCAUUGGGUGCAGUUCUUGGAGGAAUCAUUGGGAUCAUCGUGCUCAUCGGCCUGGUUGUCUUUGUUUGGCGUUUGAAGUCUCCACAUCCAACUGCACAUCAGAGUCAGAAUCAGCCUGUUGGAGAGACAGUGACAACAGAAGAAGAAGGCGUCCACUAUGGAGAGAUUAACUUCUCGAGGCUCAGAUCUGGACCGUCCUCGGUCUCGGAGCAGGACGGUGGACAGCAGGAGGACACGCUGUAUGCGCAGGUCAAAGUGUCCAAGGCAGCAGACAACGUCACACGGACUGCUGACGUCCUAGAGGAUCUCUACGCUCAAGUGAAGAGAAAAUGAGCCAUUUCUUGUGGUCACAUUUGGGUGUUAUUGUUAAUAUGCUUUUUACAUAAAUAACAAGCUUCAUCUGUCAGUUUAUGGCGAAAAAGAAUCGUAAGAAAAUGUAAUCUUCACUGCUCACAGUUAAUUAAAGGGGAACUUCAAACCUCCACAUCCUGCAGCACCCUGCAAUUUUAUACAUUGUUGACAUAUUGAGGUAUUCACGAUUAGUAUAAAUAAUAGUCCCACUGCUCUAAAUAGAGUAAGUAAGUAUAAGUAUUC